CUGCAGGUCGCAGGUUUGGUAGAGCCAUGUUCUUCUAGACCAGUUCUACACUUGAUGAUUCGGGUGCACAGGUCAUUCAGGCUUUCCAGGGCACCUAUCCCACCUUGGCCACAACUGAAAGCUGCUCAGUCCAAGUACACUCCAGCACAAAAUCUCUGAAUUAUACCAGCCAUUGCCAGCAGCUGUCAAAGAUGUUUUGGUGAUUUUUGUCCAUGGAUCUCCCAGUAUUUUGGAUUUCCACCUCCUGGAUUCUCACCAAGUAGAAGUUCACUUUCUUCUCUCUGUCCUGUUUCCUCUCUGGCGUUGAAGUUGAGUCACAAUGGGAAAUGAAAGCAGCUCAAUGGGUGACCAGCCAAAGGCUGCUGAAGCAGAUGGAGUUACCUCUUCAUGUCCAAAUCAGGAACCUCCAGAGGCAAAUAAAAAGAAGAAAGUCCUUAUAGGUGGAUCGCGGUCCAGCAAAUAUGCUAAAAAUGAACAGAAUGUGAAUGAGGAGCAGACAGACGUGAGGAGGACAGGAGCUGCUGGUGGUCCGGCCAAUGUAAACAAGGCACGUCCUGCUCCAAACCGACCGGGAGACAAUAUUGCUGUGCUAGCUGCACAGAGUGCAAGCCUUGACAAUGAAAGCGUCCCAACACAUCUUCAGGUAAAGCAAGACGAGUCUAUUCAGGCUACAGCUGGAGCUGUUGUUCCUGGCCCCAGAUUAGGAGAGAGUGACGGCCAGUGUCCCGAAACUGAUGCUGAAAACAAUUUCAGUUCAACAUCUCAAGAAAUUCUAGUUGGACAAAGGAAUUCACCAUCACAAUGUGGAGAUAAAGCAAAUCUUCAGAUUACAACAGAUCUUAAGUCCCCUUUAUCAGCUGAAAGUGAAAAUAGCUUGUGGUCUUUACUGGAUGAUGCUGUUUUUGAAAAAGAUACGUUGAGAGUAAAUAAUAGGGUCAACGAGACUAAAACUGUUUGGACAACAGAUACAGCCCAAAGUCUGAACUCCAGUUCUUUAUCAGCAGAAGGAGAGACUGCAGCGAGUGUAGCUGAGGAUACAUUGUCAGAUCUGUUGCAUCAUGGUGAACAGCUGGACGAAGCAGACGAGCAAGGCUCAUAUCCUUCCCCACAGGGCAUAGCUGGGGGAGAUCAGUUACCUGCCCAAGAGACUCAGACUGGCCUGGUGUGGCCAGUCCCAGGAUGCAAAGGAUCCAAAGGAUCCAUCACAGAAGAAAAUCGUACAAAAAGCACAGAUGGCCACAGCAAUCUGUUAAUAAUGGAAACCCAAGACCCGACGUAUCUGACACCAGCGAGUUUAGAAAAACAUGCCGAGAAUGUAGCAAUUGCAGGUCACAGUGAUGUCAGUCACUCUCGAGGCAAAACUGGGAGUGUGCAGCUGACUGCCCCAGUGGUCACCGAGCUAAAGGAAACAUAUAUUCUGCCAGGGGUCAGCAACAGAGAAGGCGGCGGCUCUACAUCAGUCUCAAGAUACACAUUAAAUUCAUCAGACGGAGAGGCGUUGAACAGGACUGAGCUGAGUUUGUGUUGUGAAAUGGAACAACAUCAAACAUGUCAGGAUAAAGAAGACAACUGCAGUCUUUUGGACAACACCGGAGUUCCUACCAGCAUGGAAUUACUUUCCAUCAGCACAUCAGAUUUUGACCCUGCUAAGCUGAGCGUAAUACUGCUGCCAGUUAAUGGUGAACAGGAGAAAGCAGACUCGAAAGAGCAAGUAAAAAGCUUUACGGAAGGUGCCUUUGACUUUGCAAAUAGGAUGGAGAACACCGUGCUGCCCUCAGUCCAGCACAACCUCAAUAUUGAGAGAGCGAGUGAUGAGCUUGUGGCUCUCAGAUGCGACCAUGAACAAGAUCAGAAAUGCAAUCUGGAAUCAAAAACGGUUUCUCCUAAAGGAGAUUUGAACAGUCUUGAAAUGCAGGUGGAAAAUCAUGUGUUUCCAAUCAUCCAGCAAGACCUUGUAGCACUGGAAUCAACAGAGAAAGGUUCUGUUUCAAAUAGCAAAGAGCCGAUAUGUACCAGUGAUUCAAAAGGAAAUGUUUGUGAGGAUAUUCAGGAAACCAAAUCAUCCCUGAGUGUUCAGGUUACUCCUUCAGAGCAACCCCAAGAUAAACCAUUAGAUUUUUGCUGUGCUGACAUCCAGCAAGCACAAGGUAGUGAAAACCCCACAACGGCUCCUGAAGACAUUUUAUCCAGUGUGCAGGGUGACACGGAAGAGUAUUCUUUUCCAAAAACGAAUACUCUGGCACGUUGUCAGAACUCUGAGCUUGCUGAAGAGAAAGAGGCAUUGCAGGAUUUCCAGAACAGCCAGCCAGCCUGCGGAGCAGAAAAGCGAGAUGACAGGUCUGUAAAAAGUCUUGAAACUGGUCAGGAAGAUGAGCCGCUGUCAGUUAGCACCGGUCUGCCUCCAGGCUCUCAGGAUUCUGUUUUAAAUGAAGGGAAAAAAGGUACACUGAAUCCAAAGUUUUCCGUUGAAAAACAAGCAAACAUAAAUAAGACAAAGAGUGAAUUCUGCGAGGAGCUGUGUUUGCAGAAGGACCUGGACGUAGAAAACAAGACCCUCCCAACCAUUCUUCAGCUGACCCCAAGCUGCCAGACACCUGGCACAAUGGUUAUAAAUGAAAUGCUGGUUCUCAGCAUAGAGCAACAGCAGAUAGACAACAGUACACCAAAAGAGAACAUCUGCAAAGGGAACAUACAUGAGGAGCCACCACCUAAUUCAUGUGUUCCUGGUACAUUUACCGAGGAAGAAGCCUUCUCAGCUGCCACUGAUAAUCAGCAAGCGCCUGCCAGCAAAAGGUUAGAGGAGCAUUCUGAAGAACCCCAACGUAACUUGCAGACGAUGUUGGAAAGUUCCAACGUUCCAGAAAGCAAGGAUUUACUGCUCAGCCAUCAAGACUGUGAUUCAAUAGAGCCAACAGCAAGGAAACUAUUAGAUUUCAGUAAUUUCACAGAGCAAACAUCAGCUUGCUCUGCAGAAAUAGUCUGUCAAAAAGAUCGGAGCAACAUUCAGAUGAUAAAGAAUAUUAUAAUCCCAGCAGGCUUGCAGUUGCCAGCUGGCUUGGGUGUUCCUGGUACAGCUGAAGUGGAGGAGUCGUCAAAGGCUGACAGUAGUGAGCAGACAUGUAGCAAUGAAAGUCAAGGGAAAGAGGCUGAAAGAAGUGAAUGCAGCCCCUCAGCUACUAUGGAACAUACUUUGUUGUCAGAAAUGGGGCACUUACCACUUGCUUUUCAAAUUAUUGAUUCAGCAGACGCAAAAGGUGAACAGUGUUUAAGCCAUGGUAACUUGCUACAAGCAACACAGGCAGAAAUCAAAGCAAAGCCCGUCGGAGAAGAGCGCAGCUUUCAGACUGACGGGCAAGGUGUGAUUUUGGAAAGAGUGGAAUCAGUGCCAGCCUCUCGAGUGGCUGCUGGUGUGGGAGUGAAUGAGGUCUCACCGAAACUCAAUGGAGAGCCUCACGUCAGUGAGGAGUGGCAAAAGACUACUAAGGCGAAUGUGUCCGUGCUGUCAGCAAACACAGAUGGGGAACUGAACAGUCAGGAUGUUCCGAUUAAGAAAAAGUUAACAGAGACUUUUGCUCAUGAACAACAUUAUGUUUGUGAAAGUGAGUUCAAAGAAAGCAGUGAAAAGGAUUCAGACAAUCUUCAGAAACCCUUGGAAGAUGUUUUAAUUUCAGAAGCUACUGAAUUACCAAUUAAUCCCAAUGGAAUGGAACAGAAGGAAUUACUCAUACAAAAUGGUAACAAACAGUGGCAGCCACAAUGCGAGGUAACCGAAGAAAAAGGUUGUGAAGAAAAUUUUCAGAGUCUUCAGACUGAUACUGAAAAGGCUAUUACCAGAAGCAUGGAUCUGCCACCAUGCUUAGAGAAAACCAAUUCAAAUGAAUUUAGAGAAACAUUGUUUAGCCUCAUAGAACAGCAAAAGCAAAAGGACGAGUCAGAAGCCAGUAAUAACAGUGGCCCAGUUGAUUCACAACCCAAUGAGGAAUUAUCUACCACAACACAGAACUUUGGUUCAAUGGCUCCAGAAAAUGAAAAGUUGACUCUGAAUUAUUCUGACAAACAGGAAACCAUGCAAGGGAAAAUGGAAGCAAGUAUUUUCAAAGAGGAGGUACACAGCUUUCAGAUUGGUCAUGGUGAUGCCACGCCAGAAGGGAUGGAGCUGCGGACUGUCUCUGAUCAUCCUGUUGGCAAAGGACUGAGAGAAACUUUAGUGACAUUCACUGGUGAAAACCAGAAAUCCUGCAGUGAAACACAACAGCAGGUUGAUGAGGAACUCCAAGAAGGUCCUGAAGAUAUAAUACCAUCAAUAAGCAGAGGAUUAGCACCAAAUCUUGAGGAUGCCACAACAGAAACAGAGGUGUCAUUAGGCUCUUGCCAUUCUGCAGAGCAGCAACUAAUUUCUGACACUGAAUUCAAAAAUGGGCUUCCUGAACAGAACUUAGAGCAGUCCCAAACACCAGCAGAAAAUGAUAAUCCUCUGCAAACCAUGGAUUUAUCAAUUGACCCAGAGAAACCUGAUGUAGAGGAACAAAAUGUUCCAUUACCAUGGGUCAACAGACAACAGGCAGAAAGUGGGAUAGAAGAGGAAUUCUAUGAUGCCGAUAAAGUAAGUCUUUUCAGUGAUUCUGUAAACAUCUCAGCCCCAGAAGCCUGGAGCUCUCCAGCCAGCUAUCAGGAUGAUGGUAGGGCAAAUCUAGAAGAAACAAUAAUUGGAUCCAGCAAUGAAUAUCAGUGUAUGGAUGAGAAAAGAAAACAGGGAGUGGCAGGAGAUAACAUACCAUGCUUUCCGACUAUUGCAGAAAACAUGGAAAAUAGUUUGAACCUGAAUAUUGCAGCAUCAAUGAAAUCACUUCAGGAUUCCAGUACAAUUGAAAUGAAAGAGAAACUUUCGAGUUUUGAUGUUAAUGGAAAACGUCAAAUAUCCACAAGAGGAAUAGAGGAUGACUGCGGUGAAGAAAAUGUAGGCGGUUUUCAGAAAGAUGAAGAAAAUACUCCAGAAUUCACAAUGAUAGGAUUGAAAGAUCUUUAUCCUCACACUGAAUUAUUGAGGGAGAGCUCGAUUCAUUCUGAUUGUGACAUCGGGCAUCAGCAAACAGGUGGAAAUGCAACAAAUUGUUCUGCUGAAACUAUGAGUGGUGUUCCAGAGGAUAGGAAAACCUCUUCCCCCGAAUCCACCAGCAUGGUGCAGGAGCUUUCCAUUCCUCUGGAAACUGAGACAUCACUGGGAUUCAUUGAUGAACACAAUGGUCCAACAGAGGAACGAACCCCCGAAGAUGAAGUGUGCUGUGUUAUGAGUGUUAGUGAAAACGUAACCUCCCCACCAACCAUGGAAGUCCCAGCUAGCUCAGAGCAUUACCAUAAAAGGCAGACAAAGGAAGAGGUACCAGAGUUUAAAAAAUGCAGUGAUGAAAUGAAGGAAGAAGAUAUACAAGGCUUCCAAACGAUCGCAUUAGAUGCCCCCUUGGAGACCACAGAAUUAAUUCCCACUGUUGUGACUCAGGAGACAUCAGAAGAGAAAAAAAUAUUAUCUGACUUCAUUGACGAACAGCAGCAAUUUUGUAAUAGUGAGGCAAAAGGACAUGUCUAUGAGGAAAACUUUUGGAGGCAUCAGGCAGUUAAAGAAAAUAUUGUUCUUUCAAAAGUCCCUGAACAGUCUCCAGAAGAAAUUUUACUGCCAGUUUUUAGUGAAGAAUGGGAAAGUGCUGCUGAUGGAAUGAAAAACAAUGCUUCUGAAGGCAAUAUUUGGAGCUGUCAGAUACUUACUGAGGAUGUUGUACACACGGGAGCCCUGGAGUUGACAGACAAGCCUCGGAAUCUUGAAGGGAAAGAAAAAGAGACAUUAAAUUUUUGUGGAAAUCUAAAAGAGGAACCCGUAGUCAAAAACGAUUCAAAUGAAAAUAUUCAGGAGGAAAACAUGCACGUAUCAAAAAUAAGUAUAAAAGACACUGAAGACUUGGUCAAUAAGCAAUUGGCACCUUGUGCACAGGAACUUAAAUCAGCUGUUUUGCCAGAGACUGUAAAAGGAUUAAUUAAUGAAUAUCAACCUGAAAACUUGGACAACAUCAAUGUUGAGCAUGCAAAUAAUUUCUUUUCAGAAACUAUUAAUUCAAUGUCUCAUACUCAGACCCCUGAUGUAAAAGACAUGAAGGAGGUAUCAGCUUUAAGUAGCCAGCUGCAGAUGGUAUGCAGCUGUGCAAGUGAAGAGGAAAGAGUUUAUGGAAAAUCUGUGCAAAGCUCACAGAAUGCUCUGGAAAAUAUUAUAAUCCCUGAAAGUAUGAAGUUGGCAACAGCAUUUCAGGACUCUGACAUCUCUGAACCAAUAGUUUCCACUUGUGAUCAAGGUAGCAGCAGAAUGCAUACAGAAGCCAGCAAGGGUGAGGAUUGUACGGAAGAUAAUUCACAUCCAGACAACACCACAAUGAUACAACUCAGCCCUACCAAAAAGGACAAAAUUGACUGUAUGGAGAAGUUAUCAGAUGUCAACUGCAUUUCUGAACAGCAGAAGUGGAACAUGUCAGAAAUUAAUGCAUUGGACACCAAAGCAGAGAUUGCUACAACCUCAGAAACUAUAAAAUUGCCACCCAGCCUGCAGAUUCACAAGCUGGAUACUGAGAAUGAUCAUUUAUUGGCCUCCACUCCAGAAGGUGAUAAGAAUGAAAUCAACUUUAGAGACCUAAAAGAAAAGAUAUUUGAAGAAAAUGCAAGCAAACUUAAAAUGGAUGGUGAGAGAAAAUCCUCAGAAACCUCUAAACUGACCCUGAUGCCUCAGAACUCUGAAGAAGUGAAAGUCGAGGAAACAUCAGUGGAUUUUAAAAAUGAGAAACAGGAAGCCUGUAAUACUGAGAUUAAAGAAGCAACUGAUCGACUGAUUCUCACAGAGAGUGUAUCAGCCCAAGAAACUGUAGAACUGAUAUCAAAUGCUCAGGAAUUUGGCAUAGAGGAUGACAAAAAUAAGUUAUUGGAUUUCAGCCUUGGCACUGAACAAAUAAUGUGUAAAGAUGAAACAAAAAUAAGCAGAGAAAAUGCAUUCAUUGUUAAUACAGUUGACCCAGGAAGUGUAACAUUGUUAUCUAGUGUUGAUACUGGGAAUGAAAUUCAAGAGACUGAAAACAGUUGCCUUAGUGAAUCUCACCAAUUAUCUGUUACUGAAACAAAAGCAAACCUAAACCCUGAAAAUGUACAUUGCCCUGAAGCCAUAAUUCCUGAAAUCAAUAAAUAUGCCUCGAGUUCCUUGCAUUCUGGAGAAAUAAUUAAAGAGGAUAAUUUAAGCCAAAGAUAUGACAGUGAGAGACACGAGUCCCUGGCCACAAGUGGAAAAGAAAGUGUUUACACAAAUAGUAUGGGAGGUAUGGGACAAGACGUGACCUUUGGAAAAGAUUCCAAGAUGUUUCCUCUUUGCCAUAUGACCUCUUCCGAAGCUGUGGAAAUGAACAAUUUAUUGACAACAUCUACAGACAAUGAGCAACUACAGGCAUAUGAUAGUCAAAUUUCCCAAAGCAUUUGUGAAGAGAAGAUAAGUUUGAAGGUGGAUUUUGAUCAAGGAAAUCAUGAAGUCCCAGUAGCAGAGGAGAAAGAGAUGGUCCCAGCUGAAUGCACAGGUUAUAAAAGACAUGCUGCGUCUCAGGAAACACGACCUACAGACUCCAUGGUUAUUGAAAGCAAAGAAGCUAGCAGCAUAGCUGAACACCUGCUCCUGUUGCACACCAGAAAAUCACCAGAAAGCAGCCUGCAAAAUAAUGCUGAUGAACAGGAAUAUAUGAUGAAUAUUUUCCCAACAGAGUGUUUGACUGGAGUCGAUCAAAUGCCCACAAAACAAAAGCCUUUGUCAAACUCUGAAUUAGAAAAUGAUUUUCUCUUUGAAGUUGAACAAACAGCUGGAGAAGGUAGGUCCCUCAAAGCAUUAACAGAUGUGAAAGAAGAUGGGUUUCUGCUGACUCCAUGUGCAAACACUGAAGUCAGAAUAUCUGAGGAAGGACAUAACGAAAGAUUAAAGUCUGAAAGUUCUUCCACAUCCAUCUCUUCUUCACCUUCUGGCCUUGGAAAGGAUGGCGCGAGUAUAACUUGCACAGUCGCAGCAGAUGCUCUGGAUAAAGGCAUCAUGUCCACAAGCCAAUCCUUGACUUCUGAAGAGGACAAGUCAGUUUCAGCUCCGCUGGUCAGACCAGUUGCUCCCUGUCCUCUGCAGCAUCCUGAGUACACCAAACCACUGGAUGAUGCUAAAGUUUUUCAGGAGCACCCUGAGGAAAUUGCACUGAGUGCAUCCUUGGUUCCUGAAAAAUCGGAGUCACUUCCAGCUCCAGUGCCGCCUUCUCCUUCUCCACUGCACACAGAACCCCUGAGAGAUGCUGAAGCUCUCCCAAAACUCCUUGAACAGACAUUAAGUACUUCUGAAAAAGAAGAGUCGGUUUCCAAUCUUAUUCCUGUUGUUCCUCAUUCUCCACAACAACCUGAGUACUCCAAGCCGUUGGAUGAUGCAGGCAUUCUGCAGAAGUCCUUUGACCAGGCUCCACUAAGCAGUGCUCCCUUGGCUUCUGAAGAGGAGGAAUCACUUCCAGCAUUUUUACUUGCUCCUGAUACUCCUCACCCUCCUCAGGACUUGGAGUGCACCACUUCCUUGAUACUUCCAGAUCACCUUGAGCAGACUCAAAUAAGUGUUUCCCUGACACCUGAAAAAGAAGAGUCGAUUCCAGCUUUUCAUCUUGCACCUGUUGCCCCUGAACUUCCACAACUUGUUGAGUACACUGAGGCUUUGCACGAAGCUGAAGUUCUCCAGAAUCACCUUGAACAGCCACCAUUAAGCCUGCCCUUGGAUUCCGAAGAGGAAGAGCCAUUUCCAGCUUUUCUCCUUGCACCUGUAGAUCCCGAUCCACCCCAGGACUCUGAGUGUUCCAAGCCUUUGGAUGAUGCUAAAAUUCUCCUGAAUGAACAGGUUUCAUUAAGUGUACCUCUGACGUCUGAAAAAGGAGAGCCAAUUUCAGUUCUUCUGCCUGUUGAAGCUCCCUCUCCACAGAAACCCGAGCAAACUAAGCCACUGGAUGAUGCUGAGGUUCUCCAGCCCCAACGUGAAGAGUUUCCAUUAAGUGUUUCCUUGGCUUCUGAAAAAGGAGAGCUGCUUCAGGCUUUUCUUCUCCCAGCUACUGCUCCUGAUCCUGCACAAGGUUCUGAGUGCACCAAGCCUUUGGAUGUUGUUGACUUUCCCCAGAAUGACCUUGAGCAGCUUCCAAUAAGUGUAUUUUCAUCUGGUGAAGAACAAGGUUCCCUACAUCCUCUGUUUGCAGUUCCUGUUGAAACUAAUGCUGAAGCUGUACAAGAGUCCCAAGAGCAUUUUAUUGACAGCUCCUCUGUGCCUAGUGACAUCAAAGACACAGACUGUACCUCUGAACUACCAAUUCCUGCUGUUAACUCCUCUGUACAGGACAACAAUAUUUUACUCCAGGAUGACACUGAGCAGUCUGCAUUAAGUCCUUCUGUGCAAAUCGAUCGUCUUAUCCCAUCUACGAUUCCUUUUCCACCUCCGCAAUCUGAUGGUGUUGACGAGCCACACACGAAUACUACAAACCUCCAAAAGGAACCAAAAAAUACUUCCAGCAGUGAAAUUGCAGAGUCGAUUUUAGCUCCUUCUCUACUUACCAGUAAUGCAGAUGCUCUCGGGGUUGAAGACACUUUGAAAAGCGUUGCUGUGCCUUCUGAUGGUGAAGACAUUGUAGGAGCUCUUCCUGCUCCAGCACCUCUGCCUCUUGCGGUUCUACAAUCCGAUGAGAAGGUCGAGGCAUCCAUUGAGACAAGUCUGCAAAAUCAGUACGCGAGUGUGUCUGCGUCCUGUGAUUCAGAAACACCAAUAGAUGCUUGUUUCCCAUCUGAAUCACCUUCUCUUUCACCUGAAGGCAUUACCAAGCCUCAGCCUGAUGCAACAGAUCUUCAAGAACUUGUGAGGAGCUCAGACUCGGAGGGAGCCUUCGAGACACCGGAAGAGACAACACCUGUCAAAGUCCCUCCCCAGCUCACUCCUACUGCUGCUGAGAAGGAAAGCCAAGAGCAGCUCCCCUCAGAAGAUUCAGUCGUUUUUCCUGACAAUCAGAGUGUUGCUGCCCCUGAGAACUCGCCACAGCAAACUGAUUCCUUCAGACCACUCUCUGAGUCAGCUUCCAUUGUAUUUGAUGAAGAUAAACCAAUAGCCAGCAGUGGAGCCUAUAAAAUUGACUUUGAUAGUCUUGACGUCUUGGACUCUUUAACUCCAAGCUCACCUGGAAAGCUCGAAGGUCCUGAACCUGGGAGGCAAGCCAAUGAGAAGUCCCUGCACACACUGACCACCUCCAGCCCACCAACCCCACAGUCUCCGCCAUUCUCACGAAAACCAGCUGGAACUACAGAUGCUGGUAGCACGGAGGAUGUGGCAAAAACUCUGCAGGCAGAGGCUUUUAGCAUAGCCUCAGAUAGUGCUCCCAGUGUUAAGAAAAAGAAACCACGGCCAUUAUCUAUAAAAAAGAAGACCAAAUCAGAGAAGCCAGCAGAGAAACCAGCGGAAACACCAGCGGAAAAGCCAACAGAAACUCCAACUACAACAGAAGCCCAAACAAGGUCGACUGUCCCCAAGACAAAUAAAGAACUGAAUACAGCUGAAUCCCCCGGCACCAGCUUGCAAAGUUCUACAGAUCUGCAGGAGUCUCCUAUUCCUCAUCUGGCCAUUGGUUCUGAUCAAGCCAAUAUUUCUGAGCUCAAUCCAUUUGCCAGUGGAGAUAAACUACAAACCUCACCAAAAGCACAAAGUGAAUGUGAGAACUUUCCUGUUGCAUUAAAAGAAUUGGACAAAAUAACAACUGAGGCUGGCACAGCGUCUGAUUCUCCAGCUGUGGGUCAUGCAGUGAGGCUGGAAUUUGAUUAUUCUGAGGACAAAGACAACUUUGAAACUGAUCCAGAAAAAAAACCUGUUCCUAAGAAAUUUGGCAAAAAGACUGGUGGGAAGAUGCCACUAAGAAAGCCAAAGCUAGGAACAAAAAAGGCUCCACCAGCUGAAAAGGUAGACAGUGUCCCAUCAUCUUACUCAUCUGCUGAUCCUGAUGAUAUCCCAAUUCCAAAGAGUACAUAUUCAUUCGACCCUUCAAAAUGGGAUGAUCCUAAUUUCAACCCCUUUAGUACCAAUGUACAGGUGCCAAAUUCUCCCAAGUUGCCUCGUGCUUCAUCUAGUAUUGAUGUGGACAACUGUGAAAGCUCAGCAGAUCCAUUUAAAUCUUCCACAAAUAUCUCAGGAUCUCCUUCACAUUCCCCCGCUUCAUUUGAGGUGAAUGAUGACACUGGUGCAAGUGAGGGGGACAGUAACAAUAAGUCAUCAAAGAAGAAGAGGCUACCUUUAAAAACAAAUACUUUUAGGGUGAAGAGAUCUCCAAAGCGAACCCCGCUCUCAGAAACAUCUUCACAGGACUCAACUCCACUUACCACUCCUGAAACACCACCAGUAAUCGGCACAGUGGAACAUGCCACUGAUGAAGAGAAACUAGCCUCCUCAGUAACAAACCAGAAGUGGUCCUAUUCUGGAAUACAGUCCGAAUUAGAAGAAGAUAAACCCGAUUAUCCUCAGCCCUCUGAUCUUUCUGCAUUUGUGAAUGAGAAUUCUGAGUUUGCAAAUGAGAACUUUUCUUCAGCAGUGUUGGGAUAUGAGCAAUCAUUAGAAAUAGAGUACAUGGAGAAACUUGGUUCAUCAUCACCUCAUCAUGACACAAAUGCAAAAAAACAGUCCAUGUAUUUAAAGAUCGAUUCUCUGAAAGAAAGUCCAAUAAAUUGUCCUCCAGUCAGAUUAUCUGUUUCAGCCACCUCUUGUUCAGGAUCAAGUUUAGAUGAUGUAGAAGAUGGUGUGCUAUCUUCUGCUGCAAAUAAGCUUUCAGGUACACGACCCUUGGCUCCCAGCCAGGAAGCACAUUUACAUUCACCAGAUAAACCAAAAGAUGGGGAUUCCUUGAGCUCAUCUUCUGCAAAGUCCGAUCUGUCAACUCCUGAGGAGCCAGUUGCCUCUGCAGAUGCCUUGUUAAGUAGGAUUGUAGGACACACAGAAGUAGAUGAGCUUGACUAUCUGCAACCUGACACCGCUGAAAAAAACCCUUCAGUGUUUGCGAGCAAGUUACAGGAAGAGCUAGUGUAUGCAGCCAUGAGGAUAGAAGCACUGAAGCUAGCCAAACAGAUAUCCAACUCUCCCAGCAGCUCCUUAGAUUAUGAGAUCAGAGGGAGGAGUGCAGCCCGAAGACAAAGGGCCAUUUCUGGUUCACAUUCACAACAAAGAGACAGUACACCAUUAAUGGACACUCCCAUCACAAAAAGUGCACUCUACUCCAGAACUGGUGACAGUGAAGUGGAGGAUUCUCUAGCAGAUGGACAUCACUACAACCAAAGAGAUUUGGAUUCUGCUCUGAGAGCAGCUAGGGAGGAGAUUGUUGAAAAAGAAAGGGAAGCAGCAGAAUGGAAAAGGAAAUAUGACGAAAGUAAGCAAGAAGUUGUUGAGAUGAGGCGGAUUGUUGCAGAAUAUGAGAAGACAAUUGCUCAAAUGAUAGAUGACGAUCACAGAGAAAAAUCUAUCUCCCAUCACACUGUACAGCAGUUAAUCUUGGAAAAGGACCAGGCCUUGUCUGACCUGAACUCUGUGGAGAAAUCUCUGGCGGACCUCUUCAGGCGAUACGAGAAAAUGAAGGAGGUGUUAGAGGGGUUCCGAAAGAAUGAGGAAGUAUUGAAGAAAUGUGCCCAAGAGUACCUUGCCCGUGUGAAGAAAGAAGAACAGCGGUACCAUGCUCUCAAGAUCCAUGCAGAAGAGAAGCUUGACAAAGCAAAUGCUGAGAUCGCUCAAGUACGUGCCAAGUCCAAAUCGGAGCAGACAGCUUUUCAAGCCAGCUUACGGAAGGAACAGAUGAAAGUGGAGUCAUUGGAGAGAACUUUAGAACAGAAGAAUAAGGAAGUAGAAGAACUGACAAAAAUCUGUGAUGAACUGAUUGCCAAAAUGGGGAAGAGUUAAUGUUGCCUAUAUUUUUUGUCGAUAGUGGGGAAAUACUGAGUGCAAUAAAGCCAGUGGUACAGUAAUAUUGACUGACCUAUGUGGAUAUUGUGGUUUUCACCACAUUUUAGUGCACUACUUCUCUUUCCAGUGAGGACUGUUUAACGUAUGUAGCAAUCAAAUGGCCCUUGCAAGUUUUCCUUUUACUAUCUGCUGUAUUGUAGUCUGGCACAUGGCAAGUUCCUGUAUCAGGGAGAUUGGUCGUUUGAUGGCUAGGUGAGACGUGUUUGAUAUUGAGAUUAAUUUCUUUAUGGUUCUUUUUAUGGGUUCCCUUGUAAUGUGUUUUAAAGUUUCAAUAUACUGUACAUUAAAUUACUGCAAGAGAAAUCUUGCCAAUUUUCAGUGAAGCCUUAAGAAUCUAGACUUGAUCUGCAUUCUGAAUUUGUAAAAAUGCAUGUGUCAAUGAAGUUCUCUAUUGUAAAUAAAAUUUAGUUUAAAAUCACAAUUGCUGUUUUCUUCAAAGUGAUUGCUUUUAGUUUUAUCUCAGCAGUCUAUGCAAAAUUAACUCUUCAGAGGAAACCUACUUACAAUGUUUGAGGUGGCUACAAUUUGUCGGACUCUUUGAAGUUUGUUUCUUUUUAAAUGUUGGACAUAAGGAAGAAAAGAGAUGUAUAUUUAUUCUGACAUUGCAUUUUGUUCUCUUUAUGGCUCACACACAUCUCAGUUUGCUGUACAUCUCUUGCCAGUGGCCAGUUUCUAAAGCAAUAAAGAUGUUA